AAUCUUUCCACCCAAGCAACUUUGAGUUUUACACCAAACUCUCAGUUCAUAUUCACAAAUCGCCGUUCAGUUGAACCCAGAGAAUCAUUCAAACAUAUUUUAAAUUUUCUUAGACUUAUAAUUCUGAAAUAGUUUGUUCCUCAAUAAUCAAAAAAUAUAGUUUUACAUAUCCAUUCGUUUAAACGAAAUUCAAAAAUGUGUUCACGCGAUCCGGCCACCAAUCAGCUAAUCGAUUAUAAGAACAACGAUGCCGAGUCGAAGAAGGAAUGCACCACUUCGGGUGGAAUGCCAAUUGGAGUGAAGGAUGCCAUACAAACGGUGGGGCCGCGAGGACCUGCCCUCCUUCAGGACUUUAUAUUCCUAGAUGAAAUCUCGCAUUUCGAUUCGGAGCGAAUACCCGAGCGAGUUGUCUAUGCCAAGGGAGCUGGGGCUUUUGGUUACUUUGAGUGCACCCACGACAUUACCAAGUUCUGUGCGGCUUCUGUGUUCGAGCGGAUUAAGAAGCGAACAGCUGUUGCCAUGCGCUUCUCUGUGGCCUGUGGCGAGAGUGGCUCGGCGGAUACGGUGCGGGAACAGCGUGGCUUUGCCGUCAAAUUCUAUACGGAGGAGGGCAUCUGGGAUUUGGUGGGCUGCAAUAUGCCCGUGUUCUAUGUGCGUGAUCCUUCACUAUUUCCAAGUUUGGUACACGCCCAGAAGCGCAAUCCACAAACGCAUCUCCGGGAUCCGGACAUGUUCUGGGACUUUAUGUCACUACGGCCGGAGACGCUGCACGCACUGCUCAUGUAUUUCAGUGAUCGCGGCACUCCGGAUGGUCAUCGGCAUAUGCAUGGCUAUGGCGGGCACGCAUAUCGCAUGGUGAAUCCCAGCGGGGAGACAUUCUACGCCAAGUUUCACAUGAAAACGGAUCAGGGUAUCAAGAAUUUGGAUGCACGCCGCUGCACUGAGCUGGCCGCCCAUGAUCCCGAUUAUGCCAUACGAGAUCUGUACAAUGCCAUCAAGAAGGGCAACUAUCCAAGCUGGAGUGUCUUCAUCCAGAUCAUGCUCAACGAGGAGGCCAAGAAGUGCAAAUUUAAUCCGUUCGAUAUAACCAAAGUGUGGCCACAAAAAGAUUAUCCCCUCUUACCGGUUGGCAAACUGGUCCUAGAUCGCAAUCCCACCAAUUACUUUACAGAAAUCGAGCAACUGGCCUUUAGCCCUGCCCACAUGGUACCGGGCAUCGAACCAUCUCCGGAUAAAAUGCUCCAAGGUCGCCUUUUCGCCUAUGGCGAUUCGCAGCGCUAUCGUCUCGGCACCAACUACAUGCAAAUCCCGGUGAAUUGUCCAUAUCGGGUGAAUGUGAGGAAUUUUCAACGCGAUGGCGCCAUGACGGUCAAUGAUAAUCAGAGCGGUUCACCCAAUUAUUUUCCCAACUCAUUUUGUGGUCCCAAGGAGAGCUCAAGGGCUCUCGCCCUGCAGACCUGUUGUCCCGUUUCUGGCGAUGUUUAUCGCUAUAUGAGCGGCGAUACGGAGGAUAAUUUCAGUCAGGUCACCAACUUUUGGACCUAUAGCCUGGACAAUUGUGGGCGCAAGCGAGUUGUCCGCAAUAUAUCCGAGCAUCUAACAAAUGCCAGUAAAUGCCUGCAGGAACGUGCCGUAAAGCUCUUCACCAUGGUCCAUGCCGACUUUGGGCGACUCAUGACUGAAGCCUUGAAUACCGCUGAAAUAUCCAAAUUUUAAUUGCUAGCAUCUGUCAAAUCGUGUCUUUUUGUUUUCAAUUUGAUUUUGUCUAUUAAGUUUAACGAUGAUUAUAUGCAUACAUUUUAAAUUUGUAGAGUAGAAAACAACAAAAAAAAAAAAAAUACAAGAACAAAAGCAGACUACCAUUGAA